AUGGGCACGGGCAGCUCCGUGUGUGUGUCCCUGUCCCCGGUGAUGGGCACGGGCAGCUCCAGCUCCGUGUGUGUGUCCCUGUCCCCGAGAGGAAGCAGCAGAGCGAGAGAGAAGGGGGAGCUGGGAAGCUCUGGAGAAUUGCUUGCUUAUUUUAAGCCUGGUGUAGAAAGUUCAAUCUUUGUAGUGAGGUUCAGGGAUGAAGCAGAACUGCUGCUAAAGGUCCUAGCCUGGGAAUCCAAGAAUUCCUGGUUGAAUCUCUCCAUGAAGGAGGUGGGUGACGGGCUGCACGAGCAGAUGAACUGCAUGAUGGGCGCCCUGCAGGAGCUGAAGCUGCUGCAGGUGCAGACAGCCCUGGAGCAGUUGGACAUCUCGGGGUGCCGGAGCCCCCCGGAGCAGCGCCGGUGCUGCCGGAGCGGAGCCGGGCAGGACUCGCGGCCGGGCCAGGCGAGGGGACCCUGCCCCCCGGGCCUGGAGUGUCCCGGGCUGUGCCAUCCCACCGUGUUCCCAGAGAGCGACCACCCUGGAGAAACCCCCUCCUCCUCCUCCUCCUCCUCCCGGAGCCCCAGUGGGGAGGCUCUGUGCCCCCCAAAAGGACCUUCCUCGGUGUCCGGCAGAGCGGAGCGCGCCCGGCCCCGCACACCCGACAGCACAGCUUGGGGGUGGCCACCGGGCCAGGAGUGCCCGGGAUGUGACGAUGGCCACGACUGGACCUCGUCCCUGAUGUCCCAGAGCAGGAACCGGCAGCCGCUGGUGCUGGGGGACAACAUCUUCGCAGACCUGGUGGGGAACUGGCUGGACCUGCCCGAGCUGGAGAAGAAGGGGGAGAAGGGCGAGGAGUCCCUGUCCGUGAGCAGAUCCCAGGAGCUCUGCAGGAAGUUCUCCCUCACAGCCAACAUCUUCAAGAAGUUCCUGAGGAGCGUCCGGCCGGACCGGGACAGGCUGCUCAAGGAGAAACCUUGCUGGCUGCCUCCUGAGGACAAACAGCCCCAGAUUUCCAAGAGGUCCAAAAAGAUCAGCAAACUCAAGGGCACGUUUUACUUGCCCCUCCACGGGAACCUGCAGAACCAUCACGGCAAAGCAGAGAGGUGUCCCAGGGCAGACAGCCGUGGUGAGCACCCCAAAAUGGGCUCCAAGAAGGUGCAGGACUCCAGGGACCUCAGCCAGGCGGGGUUUGACAUCAACACGGCCGUUUGGGUCUGAGCCUGCCCCGUCCUCUGCUCUCCCAGCACCACGUUCACCUUCCCAGGAGACUCCUGAGCUCUCUGCAGGGACAGGACAGGAGUCCUGCAGGACGUGCUGCGGGCUUCACUUGCCUGCACAUGGAAUUUUCUGGACAACUGCGGCUCCAGGGACUGCCUGAGCAGCAGCUGGCACAAGUGGGGAGACCUUUGGGGGCCAAUAUUUUGCCGAUAUUGGCAAAAAUAAUCUUUAGCAGCUUUAGGGUGAGUGGUGCCGCAGGUGAGCAGCUCCUGGUGCCAGGCCCAUUCCACCAUCUCCACCUCAAAGGCUGCAGCACAAAAUCCACGGUGUGCAUGUGUGUGUAUGAGUGUGCAAAUACAUAUAUAUAUAUAUAGUUUUGUUAAAAAAAUCUAUUCCUGCUUGUGUGCACUUGAAACUGGGUUACAAACCAGGCAUCCAAGCCUUGUACCUGAAGCACUUGUUAUUUAAAUGGAAAGAAACGAGUUUGAAUUUAUAAGACUUGAACAAUUGCUGAGUGGGGGGCAGACCCCCAACUUUGGGGGUGUUUCCCCUUAAACUGCAUCCCUGGUGCCCUCCCAGCACCUCUCCCUCCCCUGCCAGCUCAACCAGCAGGGCACAAGGCUGGUGCCGGGGGUUUGUGGCCUGGGGGUCUCGGUGGGUUUGCCCCUCUCCCCUCCCCUUGUCCCUGUGGAUCACUCCAGGUACAACACUGCUGAAGUUUAUUGUUGGAUUUUCACCCAGAUGCAAAGUUCAAUCCCCCAUUUCUUGAUGUGUUCCCUGUUGCUGAUGUACAAACCUCGUCCUGACAGAACCAAGUUCUUCAGUGUCCGACUCUCCAAGAGUUUCCAAUAAAGUGGGAUCGGUCUCGUCUCC